CAAUGACAGCACAGACAGUCAGAGUUCGCCGCAGUAAUCUGCUGCCAGAAGUGUCAUGGAAAGUGGAACAGAAAAAUCUUACAAAAUUUUGUAAAUAAAUAAUUUUUAAUAUAAUAUGUACAAUGGAUAACCCUGAAGAUCUAAUCGCUUUACUUAAUGAAAAAGUUAUCUUUGGGGACAGUCUUGUUUUAAAGCUAGAAACAAUAAAAGAUGUGGAUGGGGUAAAGAAACUACAAAGGAAAAUUAAGCAAGAAACAGAGUUCUUACGAAAGUUACAAAAGACGAAGAAAGUCAAAAUAGAGCAACUAUCAUGUUCAAAUCUUCGGCACUUAGGUGCGAUGGUCGAUUGCGCUUUGCGACCUGGUGUUAUAGCGGUUUGUAAAAUAUUUCACAUUAAUGAAACUGCUAAGCAGAUUAUUGAUGUAAUUAGUGAAGAAGGCAAAGUAUGGACUAAAGUUAUUGCUCGAAACCCUAAAUCUUUAUCUGCCUUAAGUGCUGGGAAUGCUUCAUAUGGUGCUAGAUCCAUACUUGAUCAAGCUGAGGAUUAUAUGGAGUGUGCCAAACUCUAUCCUUGUCUGUACCAACCACCCAAGGUUGUAUUUGAAUUUAUGAGUGGCAUAGAAGAGAGUUUAGCAAAUAAAUUAAAAUAUUUAGGUGUAGUUGUGAAAGGUGAUACAUUGCCAGACUUUAACCAUUACGAAGAAGAUGAUGAUGAUUCAAUAGAGGAGGAUGAGGAGCAAAGUGAUGAUGAGUGCCUUUACAACAGGAAUAUCCAUGAUGAGAAAUCAAUUCAUAAGCCUUCCCUGACAGAAGUAUCCCAAUGUAUUGAUGGGCACCCAGAAAUCAAAACACUGAACUUAGAUGUGACAGCAAUGAUGGCAUAUGUGAGCAACAUGACAAAUGGACACUGUGAUUAUGUGUUUAAACAGGAAGUACUUACACAGCAGUCUGCAUGGGAAACUGAGAGGCCAGUCAAACCUGUCUUGGAAAGGUUAUUUAAAGAAAAGUCAUUAGUUUGCUGCAGCACAGCUUGGGAUGAUUUUGAAAAGAUAGUUCAUAAUUUAGGAGGUCCAAUGGAAAUCAAGAGAACUGAGGAAUUAAAGAAAAUGAUGAGAAUCCUUCCAGAUGAUUUUGGAGGUGAAGAUGAUUACCCUAGGAAAAAUUUAAAGGUUAGAGGCCAUGUCCGAUUAAGAUCAAAAAUCAUUUUUAAUUUUGGACAUAGAAUCAAGGCUCUGACAGUUUCAGCUAAUGAAGGUUUCGUGAGAGCUGCUAUGCAGCAGGGCAUAACAUAUGCAGCAUUUAUUCAUGAAUCAAGAGCUUUGACUGAGGGCAAAGAAGCAACAGCAACCAAAAUCUCAUUAUGAUAUUGCUAAAUUAAUAAAUAAAUAUAUUGUUAUUUA